UAUGACCCUGUGUUACAGUGCAGGACCAGACCAGAGGGCUCAGCUCUGAGGAGCACAUCAUGAAGUUGAUUUUGGCUUCAUCUUUGUCUUUGGGAUUGUUGGUCAUCUUCCUGUCUCCAGUUAGCUGUCGGCAGCGUGUGAACUGUAGAUGGGGAGCUUAUGGAGCGUGGUCCGAGUGUGACGGCUGCUCCAGGACAAAGGUGCGGACUCGCCAUGUGGAGGUGUUCGCCCAGUUUGGGGGUGUGCCAUGUCCAGGAAAAGCCAUGGAAACACAAGCAUGUGUCCCACAGAAAGCAUGCCCCCUGGCAACAGGCUGUGGAGACAGGUUCCGCUGUACCUCUGGUCAGUGUAUCAGCCAGUCUCUAGUGUGUAAUGGAGACCAGGACUGCAAUGAUGGCCUGGAUGAGAGAGGCUGUGAACAAGACAGCAGCCAGUACUCAUGUGACCUUGACAAAACCCCUCCUAACUCAGAGUUAACAGGCAGAGGGUACGAUGUGUUGUCCGGCAAACUCAGAGCAGGUGUGAUCAACACUCUGAGCUUUGGAGGGCAGUGCAGGAAGGUGUUCAGUGGUGACCAUAAAAUCUAUUACAGACUGCCACAGAACGUCCUCAGGUACAACUUUGAGGUGUCAGUAGAUAAUGAAAACAUCGAUGAAUCCUACGAGAGCUCCUGGUCCUACACGCAGCACAUCCAGUCUAACUCCUUGGUGGGACACGACCGUCGCACUUUCCACAAUGAGCUUACUGAAAAUAAGAACUCCAAACUUAUAAUCCUGAAGAAUAAAGUGGAGCUGGCCCAGUUCCAAAACUCUGCCCCUCAGUAUCUGACUCUGGCUGAAGGUUUCUGGAAGGCUUUGUCCUCGUUGCCGUACACGUACGACUACUCUGCCUACCGCCACCUGUUUGCCACGUACGGCACACACUACCUCUCUGAGGGCGCACUCGGAGGCGAAUACCAGGCCUUUUUGGAGUUAGAUCACCAGGUGCUCGAAAAAAGCGGUACAACAGACACAGAGUACCAGAGGUGCUGGAGAAAGGUGAAACGCCGUUUCUUCAGGAGGAAAGUCAAGACCGUCUGUGAAAAAAUAACAAAUUCUUUUGCCUCCAGUGGCGGACACAGUAUUCACAACAAGCCUGUUAAGGUCAACGUGUACGGAGGAAAUCCAGCCUUGACAGCCGCUUUGCUUCACCUGGAUCUGGAAAACCCAGAAGCUAACGGAGAGAAAUACGACAACUGGGCCUCGUCUGUCAAAGACUUCCCUGACGUCACAGACCAGAAGCUGCGUCCUCUGUAUGAGCUGGUGAAGGAGGUGGAGUGUGCAGGUCUGAAGAAGCUCCACAUGAAAAGAGCCACAGAGGAGUACCUGGCGGAGGAGCAUCCCUGUCACUGUCAACCCUGCCAGAACAACGGCCAGCCACUGCUGAUGGGCACACAGUGUCGCUGCGUCUGUCGACCAGGAACGUCAGGACAAGCUUGUGAGGUUGGAGCUGUGAUCGGAGAACAACCAGGGGUGAUCCAUGGCAGCUGGAGCUGCUGGUCCUCCUGGAGUUCCUGCUCUGGAGGUCAAAAGUCAAGGACCCGAAGCUGCAACAACCCCACCCCCAGCAGAGGUGGCCAACACUGCAUUGGAGAGGGGGUGGAGCGGAAGCCUUGUGAGGACGCAGACAUCCAGUACUUACAGACGAUGGAGCCUCAGUGCUUCAGUCUCACUGUAACGCCACCCAAGACAUGCGGAGCGCUUCCAAACCUCAGGAACGGAUUUGUUCAGAAUCCCAGAGACAUUUACCUGGUUGGGAACACAGUGCAGUACUCCUGCAUAGACGGAUAUUACCUCAGUGGAAACGCUGUGGCUGAGUGCACUGAGAGCCAGACGUGGCGGACAGGAACGAUGGUUUGUAUAAGUUCCACGUGUGGGAUUCCUCCACUCAACAGUGACGUGAUAGCCACACCCACCAAAACAGCCCAUCAGAUUGGAGACAAAGUGUCCCUGUCCUGUCCUGCGGGGUCAGUGCUGGACGCUGAGGUGACAGAGAUCAUAUGCAGCCCCAGCCUGCAGUGGUCUCCAUCACCAGCCAGCACUCACUGUAAAGCAGCGCCCUCAGUUCCGUCUCCUCCAUCUGGCCUGACGUGUAAGCUGUGGGAGAACGUAGGAACAACCGAGUGUGUGUGUAAAAAGCCAUUCGAGUGCUCGACUUCUCUGGAGUUGUGUGCUCGAGUCAGCUCAAGCCAAAGCCGUUUACUUAGCGUUUGUCAGCUUGGAGCUCUGCGCUGUUUGGGGCGGAGCUUCGAGUUGGCCAAUGACAGCGACUGUAACUGGCCAGAGGAGACGUCCACAUCCUGCAAGGACUGUACACCAGGGACUGUCUGUCAGGAAUCAAAAUGCGUCUGUCAGAACGCAUCAGAGUGCCCUAAAGACUCCGCCCCCUUGUGCGUCAACUCUGGUGCUGGCAGCGUUUCCACGACGAUGACCGAAUGUGAGGUGGGGGCCAAGCGGUGUGCCGGGGAGCAGGUCAUUGUUGUCGGUAUUGAGGCUUGUCCAGAAUAAAGAUGGCUGCUGUUUUAUUUUACGGUCUCACACUGUACAUAAGAGGGACACCUUGGUUUUUAUCCUCUCAAUGACUGAAUUGUAAAUAGAAUAAAAAAUUGUGAAUGAUGUAAAUAAGUCCCUCUGUCAUCAUGUGGUGUCUUUUUAUACGCCAUGGAGGACUGAUGUCAGACAACAAGUUAACACAAAGUUAUAAAGGUCUGAGAAAAAACUUAAAUGUCUUGAAAUGUUAUUGUUUUUUGAAAGUUAAUAAAACACUUUUUGGAAUAAA